CUUCAAUGACGGGAACAAAGAAAGGGAUUGAUAGGCUUAGGGUUUCUUGAUAUCGAGUCCAUUAAAGAGACAUAAAGCCCAAACUCAUUAUCAGCCCGCUUCUUGACGAUUCGUGAAAACGCACCGUUUAACUAAAACGGACAGGUGUCACAUUCUGGUAAAAUGAAUUAGUGACGUGGAACACCUUAGAAAGAGGGAACAUUUCUUUAUAUAUAUAGAUGAUAACGAUGCCACGUCCUUUUGACGUUGCCAUCUUCCUCCUCCUCCUCCUCGAACCAAUCAAAAUCAAAUCAUCCCUCUCAUCGCCGCUGAGAAGAAAAUGACCCCGGCGAUUAAAGCGCCUCUCUUACCUAACCAAGACCCUUCAUCAUCAUCACCCGAAGAGAAGCAUGGCUCCUUCUCCGGGGCCAUCUUCAACGUCUCAACGAGCAUAGUCGGAGCAGGAAUCAUGGCGAUUCCAGCUGCGUUCAAAGUUCUCGGCGUUAUCCCUUCCCUCUCGAUAAUCGUGAUCAUUGCGUGGCUUUCUAACGUGUCGGCUGGGUUUCUGAUGAAAUCCACGGUGGCCGGAGAUGCGACGACUUACGCCGGCGUUAUGAAGGAGUCGUUUGGGAGACCUGGAGCUGUAGCUGUUCAGGUUAUUACGAUGGUUGUGACGUUUGGGUCAAUGAUCAUUUUCUCGAUUAUCAUAGGUGAUGUUCUCUCGGGUAAUGAAAAAGGUGGAGUUAUACAUUUGGGUCUUCUUCAAGGAUGGUUUGGUUCACAUUGGUGGAACACGAGAUUCUUUAGUUUGUUAUUCAUCUUCGUCUUCCUCUUCCUUCCCUUAGUCUUAUGUAGACGCGUUGAUAGAUUGGCUUUAAGUUCGGCAAUCUCGUUCCUGCUUGCAUUACUCUUUGUUGUCAUAAGCUCGGUGUUAGCGAUUGUAGCACUCGUGCAAGGGAAAACAAAGAGUCCAAGACUCUUCCCUGAUCUCAACAAUGGAGGACAAUCAUUCUUCAAUCUCUUCACUGCUUCCCCUGUGAUUGUAACAGCCUUCACGUUUCAUUUCAAUCUCCAUCCCGUUGGAUUCGAGCUCAAAGAUCCGUUACAAGUGCUUUCAGCAACUAGAGUCUCUGUGAUUCUAUGCGCUACAAUCUACUCAGCGACUGGUCUCUUCUGUUACCUUCUCUUUGGGGACUCCACAAUGACAGAUGUUCUUAUGAACUUUGAUGAAAGCUCAGGUUCUUCAAUAGGUUCAUUACUAAACGAUGUUGUUAGAGCCAGCUACGCGAUUCACCUCAUGCUUGUGUUUCCUCUGCUCAACUUCUCUUUGAGAGCCAACCUUGAUGAACUCUUGUUCCCUUUGAAGAUUGCUUUAGUGAAUGACAAUAAAAGAUUCUUUGGACUGACUUUUCCGUUGCUCAUAUCUUGUUUCUUGGCUGCUAUCGCUAUACCGGACAUUUGGUACUUCUUUCAGUUCUUGGGAUCUACUUCUACUGUCUCUAUUGCAUUCAUCUUCCCAGCUGCCAUUGUCUUAAGGAAUGUGAAUGGUAUCUCAACGUUAAGAGAGAAGGUUGUUGCUUCAGUAAUGCUUGCUCUUGCGGUUGCCACAAGUCUCAUUGCCAUUUCGACAAACAUAUACACCUUCACUGAAACAGAAGAAGCAUGAAAAAUUUAAGCACAUUCUUUUCAAGAAUCUGUAAGAUGGUAGGAGCUUCAAGCUUGCAUUGUAUUCUUUUUUUAUAUCAAUGUAAAAUAGGUUGUGAAAUGAGUGGUGUAAUAGCAACUUUAAGGAAUUGGAAUGUGUAUACUGGGGGAAAAGAUUGAAUCAAAUAAACAAGAAGAUAAAAUAUCAUUUUUUG